UGUCAACACUAUGGCCAAGACCGAGACAGCAGACCCGUUCCGACAACGUAAUCUGCGGGCAGGUUUCAUUGGACUGGUCUUAAUCGGAGGGACCUCGCUGAUCUUUGUUUUGUUUAUCUCUACGAAAACGAACCAAAUUUCAAAGCUAUCUUACAUACUUGACGACAUUAGCACUUCUAAUUCUUCUGAUGGGGUUCUCCUGUCCGCUUCCUUUUUAGCGAAUAAUCCGAAUGGGACCUAUCCCGAUAAGUCACCUUGUUACUACACUCGACUUCGGAAAGCUCCCAAGAAACCUGACGAAUCGGCCUCUAAUGACCAGAAGACAGCGAAAUGCCGUAAACACGAACCAAGUGCAAAAUCAUGUGAGGAAGCCAACAAAUAUUUCAAUAAUCCUAACUACGACCCCCUACCCAGAAGAUGCAGCACGAAGAAUAACGAAGAUAUCUGCCAGGUCAUAAGCAACAGCAGCAGGGAGUUGCCAGACUUCAAAUGUGACGUCACAGUAUGCGGGGGGUCCCUUGUUUCUAUCACAAAGGUCGAUGCGAAGACGGGUCUGGUGGCUUCCUGGCAAGAUAUGGACCCUUUCGAUGUCAAUAAAGUCAAGGAAAUGGCAAAAAAGGCUCUGGAUGAGGGGUUCUCCUUCGUGUUUCUCCGUUGCAGUGGGUUUCAACAAGUGCUGAUGUUCCCACCUAAGCGAAUACAGCCAACAGUCCCUUUGAAAAAGAGAAUUAAUAUUAAUAUAGUCGUGGUUGACUCUGUCGCAAGGACGCACUUUUUCCGGGCUAUGAAAAGAUCUGUGUCUGCCAUGCGGGAGAUUAUUUAUGACGACACCAUUCCGGCAACUGUACUGGACUUUGAGUUUUUCCAGGGAAUCAGCAUGCAUACCUUUGAUAACAUCCGACCGCUGUUUUCAGGCGUCACGAAAGGAAAUGAUCAUUUCAGCAACGUGGCUUACACCGCGCUCCACCCUUUGGGCAUUGACGUGUUGUACGGCCAUUACAAGAAGCACGGGUACCAGACGAUGUUCCAGGAAGACCUGUGCUGGCAAGACUCGUGGGGAAUCAUGCUGAACAACUUGCAGCAGCAUGCCUCAGGACAGGCAAAGUGGUCUGACUUCCAAGAUGUCGUCAGAAAACACAACGUAGAUCACUUCGGCCUAACGCAUUUCAGCUGCCUUGUUUUGAGGGGGUACGGUCGCACAAAUCCCUACGACUACCCAUCAGAAAUCUGCUUUAAUGGUCUACAUUACAGCAAGUACUUCUUCCGGUACAUCGCUCUCCUGACACGCGAGAUUACACAAGACCCAAACGCGGCCCCUCUGAUCUCGUACCAGCACUUCAACACGGGGCAUACUCCCACAGGGACGCGCGUCACUAACGAUGACGAGCCGUUAGCGCAGUUUCUUAACGCAAUGGCGAACGACCCGAACACGCUCACGAUAGUGCUUUCGGAUCACGGGCACACGCGCACGUCAUACGCAAGCACAGACGAAGGCCAAAACGAGCUAUACAGUCCAUUCCUUUUUAUGGUACUGCCCAAUCACGUAGCUUCUUUACUUGGGAAACAGAGAGUUGAGGCUUUAGUAAAGAACCAACAACGGAUCUUCACAACAUUAGACUUGCAUAAAGCGCUGAUGUCCCUUCACAGUACGGAUAAGCCAUCAAGUGAUUAUAAACAAGCGGGGAUAUUUGCUAAGAUCCCUGCGGACAGGACGUGCUCUGAUCUACCGUUGUCGCCGUUGGCGCGCUGUCGCUGCGAAGGCUGGGACGAGACGGCUGAGGAGAACUCGCCACGGAUCAAAUGGCUGGCGGAGUUUGCAGUAGGCACGCUCAAUGACCUCAUACAAGAGCAGUACGUGAAAGGCCUAUCCGACGCUCAGUCAAUCCCGGGAAACUGCGUGCGCCUGCUUGGCAAAUCCUUUUCUUCCAUCAGACAAAGAAGUAAAGGCAAAAGCAAAGUGACCACAUUCGACCUUCACGUGACUGCGCAUGCCUCGGUACCGCUGACCGAAGACGAAGUAUUCAAGGUCGCAGUUUCACAUGGUGACGGAGUAUACCCGGCGCUGAAAUCUUACUCCAGACAUUCACUGUACAACAAAUUCAAGAACUGCGCCGACAAACAGGUCGACCUUAAGCUUUGUAUCUGUUCCAACAAACCAAGAACCUCCAAUACAUCACAAUAUAUGAACGAAGUUAUUUCCUCCAAUGUCUUUGGAUCGAAAUCAGAAGUGAAGGAUAUCAGUGGAGGCUGUGUUUUCUUGAUAACGCGUUCUCACGAUGGUUUGACCUUGGUGUACGAGGUCGCAAACUUGUGUCCUGUUAAAAAGCAAAUAGUUUUUGAAGGCUCGGACUAUUAUGUAGAUAUUUCCAUGAAGCUGCCAAGGACCAUAGACGCUGAACCGAACACCGUGCAUUUUGUGAUAUCCGGAGUGCGUAGAAUUAUGGCAUUAAGCUAUUUAGAAUUUAAGACUCGUGUUGUUCGAUAAAGAUGAUUGCGACGUGACAAAGACCUUUUAUUGCUGGCAAGAAUAGGACGCCAUUAAAACCCAAUGCACAAAAAUUAGGUCAUUUUAAAACUAGAAGUUUUGAUACCAUUCGUAUAUUUAUCAUAUUCCAAGAAAGGAAUUUCCAUAGAUAUGGAAGGAAGAUUCAUUUGAAAACAUUCUGGUGUAUCGCACGGGUGUACACGCACACGCACACUAAAAAUAAACAAUUUCAAUUUAAGCUGUAUUCCUUGCUCAGACAUGAGUCGUAUGGUGGCUAUGUCAAAAUCAAGCACCGCCCCCCCACCCCCCCCCCCCACCCCUGUCUUGUAUUCCUCACCCACAGUAUCCGUUUCCUGCUUUUAGAUCAGAACGAGCACUUUCUAGUACGCUAAGAACCCCUACAUCACAACUAUCAUUAUCAGAAAAAAAAAUGACGCAAAAAGUUGUCUUUUGGAUCUUUAAAAAUAUAUAAUGAAGUAUUAAAAGAUUACAGGCAUAGAAUAAUGCGAGCAUAUGGCUAAAGAAAGGGCGCGAGCUUUUGGGAUGCUCAGAAAAUUCGAAAAAUACCCCUAAAAAAUAAAAUGCUUGCACGACCAAAAAUUGCUACCCUAAAAAUACCUCAGAAGCCCUAAAUAUACUAUUUCUAAGAGAAAGGCAAAUUUUUUCACGGACAUACCCUAAAAAUACCCAAGGCCCGAUUUUGGGCCCUAAAAAUACGACGAGCGACCCUAUAAGGUCGACAUGGGACGAACCCCCCCCCCCCCCCCGGGGGGGGCUUAUACUAAUGAGCAAUGUUAAUGUCAUGGUGGACAUAGUUGGGAUAACGGAGCACAAGAAACUAUUAAGUAUUAACAAGAAAAAGCAAUUCAGAUGGAGCGGAGACUCUGAUCAACUAAAAGAAUUUCUGUUGUCCUACUUAGAGGAAGGAAAUAACGAUAAAUUUGUCAGCAUAAGUAGGAAUGGAGCAACAAGAGUACUUAAAUUUGAAUCGGUGACGGUUAAUUUCUACACCAGCACGAAUACACUCCAGAUACAAGGUGCGGGUAAAGAUGGUUAUAUCUCAAAACUCACCGAUCUAGUAAACACAAAUAGUGGCAAUAACGAAAAUGCUGAGACCGAAACUGAUCAAGCAGAAGCGGGCGAAGAGAUAUCACAAUCGAGCAAGAAACAGGACGAAGAGAAAGGCGAAAAAGCGAUGCAUGAUGCUCGCUAUGAAGAGAUCGAAGCUUUUAUGGCAACUCAAAGAGAGUUUAACUCGAAAAUAGAAAGUCAAGUUUCCAAAAAUACGAUCGAGAUUGGGGAGCAAAGUAUUGAUUUGGAGGAUUGGAAACAGAAGAUAAAGAAUGGUCUGUCCGAUGUGAAGAUGCAUUGUGAAAGUCAAAUCGACUCACUCAAGUUUGAAAUAAGCGAAAGUAUUAAAGAUGUCGCUAAACAAGUCUCCAACCUGUCAAACAAAGUAACAAGCGAGUUUAAGUCCGUCAAAAAUAAAUCUGCAUCAACAGCGGAAACAAUCCUCAAAAUAUUAGGCGACUUAGGAGAAAUUAAGGAUCAACUCCUAAAGACAGAAGAAACAGUGGCGCAGAUUCACGAGACCACGCAAUCAACCCACUCACGCGAACAGACGGAAGCAAUUGAAGUAUGCAGUCAAGAAACCAGCGAAAGUCACCGAAUUGAAAUACUUGAUCAGUCACGGCAAUCCGGUCAGAGAGAGGCAAUAGAUAUAAACAGACAGUAUGCUAGUCACAGAAACAGCCGACUUGAAACACCUCGGGAUACUAGUAGCCACCCAAGGACUCAGCAACGGGAAAAUCACCCCAAUCAACCAAGCAGUGCUGCGCAAACCAGUGGCAGUAGUAAUGGACCAGUUCUACUACUGGGUGAUUCCGUUCUCAGAGGUAUAAACAACCGUAGAUUCUGUCCAAGCCGAUUUGUAAAUAAGCAAUACGUACAAGGUGGAACGCAGGAAAUGGAGGAGUACAUCGAUUCGCUUACAAAAGAAGACAAAAACGACUACGAAUGUAUUGUGGUUCACUCCGGGGUAAAUGAUUUAAGGAAGUCUAGAGCAACAGACAUCGCUGACAACAUGCAAAGAUGUGUUCAGAAAUUAAAAUCACGUUGGCCGAAAGCAAACAUCUAUGUGUCGGGAGUUUUAUACAGUCUCAAGGGAGACAAUGUAAAAGUAGAUGACGUAAAUUAUUAUUACGAAGAAAUCUGUCGGAACAAUCAGGGAUUAUGUAAUUUCAUCAACAAUCAAAAAGUCACUGCGGACCGAUUUGGAAACAUCGAUGAGGACUCCUUCUACGAUGACAUCCACUUGAACAAUCGAGUUGGUACCAAAAAGUUAGUGACGAACAUCAAGGUACAAGUUGGUCUGAGAAGCGAAGACAAGGAAUCCAAUCGAGAAGGACAACAAGCUAGGAAAUUUAACAGACAAAGAAGACAAAGACCCCCAUGGAAUUCAAGCUAUAAUGAAGCAUUUCCGACACUUCCACCACCUUUCCGAGCACUUGACGCAUUGGCGGAAUAUUUCAAAAGACAGGGGUUUGCGCACCGUCCAAGAUAAGUGCAUAUGUUGAAAUAAUUUAAUUCACAUGUAAUCAGAAAAAGAUUCGUUUUGGUUGUUGGAACUUAAACGGUUUCAACAGUAGGGUUGUGGGAAAUAAGUUAAAAUUUAAUGAUACUUUAAGCACUAUUAAAAGACACGACAUUUUUGGGAUAGUGGAAACGCAUGCAAAUCAAAAUUCCGAUCUCAAAAUAAACAACUAUAAACAUUUUGUAAAACAUAGAGAUUCAACAAGAUACAAAAAAUCGGGGGGUAUAGCCGUGUACAUCAGAGAAAAUAUUUCCAGUGGAGUUAAAUAUAUACCAACAGAUAAUGAAAAUAUCCUAUGGGUUAAAUUGUGUAAAAAUAUUUUCAACUUACAAAAAGACAUUUAUUUAGGAACUGUGUAUCUAAGCCCAGCAAACGGGCGAUGUAAUAAUUAUGAAGAAGACAUUCUAGAAGAACUUGAAUUUGAAAUAUUAAGGCUCUCUCUAAAGGGGGAUGUCAUUAUCCAAGGGGACUUUAAUGCAAGAACGGGUAUUUUGUAAGAAUUUGCUCUGGAUGAUGAACAAAAUGACGAAUUUAUGGGUCUACCAAAAGAUUACCAAAUUGAUAUUCCAAAUAAUAGAAAUUCACAAGACUCUAAGGUGAUUGACAGCCGAGGAAGAAAUUUAAUAGAAACGUGCACUGCACUCAAUAUGCGAAUUUUGAACGGCAGAGUAGUAGGUGACCUUGAAGGUAAGAAAACCUGCUUUCGAUACAACGGAAGCAGCGUUGUUGAUUACAUAAUUGUAAAUAAUGAAAGUUUAGACAUUGUUGAUUAUUUCAUUGUGAAUCCGCUUGAGCCACACCUGACUGAUCACUGUUCGCUUUCAUGCAGUCUAAACCUGAAAUUUACAUUUAAACAAAAGGAUAAUUCAGAAAACGUACAACUAAGUGAGCUCAAAAGAUUGCGCUGGAAUAACGAGAUCAGUAGCGAGUUAAAGCUAUUGUUCGAGUCCGAAGAAGUGCAAACAAAUUUAAAUGCGGCUUUAAAUAAUAAUUGCGUAGACACAUCAGUAGAUCUUUUUACAGAAACGCUCUUAUCCGCAUGCGAAAACGCAGGACUGCGCUACCAAAACAAUGACAUUAAAGAGAGCAGCGUUAACAAAAUGUGGUUCGACAAGGAAUGUAAAAAUGAAAAAGAAAAUUUACGCUCACUAGGCAAAUUACUUUCAAAGCAGCCUGACCAACGCGAGCUAGGAGCCGUCUUGAAGGAAAAAAAGAAGUCUUUUAAAAAACUCUGUAGGCGGAAAAAGUAUACGCAUUAUAAUAAUAUAGUAAACAGUAUCGAUUUCAGAAACUCUAAAAACACUUGGAAACAAAUAAAUAGGAUUUUCAACAGCAAUACACAUAAACAAUCACAUCAAAUUAGACCCGAAGAAGCUGCUGUUUUUCAUCAGCACUUCGAACAAUUAAACGCGACAAUAGAAUCACAAAA